CCAACCGCCCCUCUGUCGUUACACCCAUAGGAGGGGAGCAUAGGAGCUCUUUGGUGCCUCACUCAAGCAUAGGAGGGGAAGUGUUUGUGCGCGAUGCGGGCCGUCAUCAGCUUCUUCGUGCUGACACUUCCUUUUCUCGGUUUAUCACAGUUCAACAGAGGAGGGAGAUUCGGAGCGUUUCAGUAAGCCAGCUGUGCGAAACACACACACGCGCCUGUGAGCCACAGAGUUUGCUUUGCGUCUCCACUACUCACCAGGUACGUCCAUCCUAGACCUGGAGCGAGGCUGGUGUCGCGGCACACCACAAUCGCCGUCAGGGAGGGGAGCAGAGUCGACCCAGGGUCGAUAGACAAGAGCAUCAGGGUGGCGCGCGCCGACAGUGGCAAAGAGGUGAGCGGCGCCUUUGUCCUGGCCCUGGACGAAAAGACCGUCAUCUUCAAGCCGGAUGAGCCAUUCGAAGAGGGGACGCUCAUCCAGGUCCACGUGCUCCCUGGCCUACUGGCGCUGACAGAUGGCCGGAAAGUCGGAGGAUUGCGAUGGAAAUUCACGUGAGUCGACAAAUUCAGGUGGCAGCCGUGGAUGGAUACGUGAGUCGACAAAUGCCUGCUUUACCUCUGUCAGUGUGUCGCCCAUGCCGCCGCAGUCCAAGCACCCGAACCCAAAGGCCGCCUUUGGAGCGCAUGAUCGGCUCCCUUAUGUGACCGACGAGGAGCUGAAGCGAGACGGGCUGUUGCAAGGCCUGGGUGGCAGAAAACAGAAGCUUCGAGUGGCACCGCACAUGCAUCCCUACGGUGACGGCCUGGUGAGACCGACGACCAUGCAGAAGACAUUCGGGCGCCUCUAUGAGGUAAAGCUCGGCUCACUCGAUCGGCCUACACCACUGGUGUAUUGUUUUUUGUGAUCCAGGACGGUACUGUGGAGAUGAUAGACGAUACCAUGUCCAAACGGCCCGCCGAUAGAUACAGAGGUUACAGGUACGUCCAUGGGGGAGGCCGAGCAGGGCAGUGACGACAUGCAAUUCGUGGCUCCUGCCUGCGGAAUGGUCGUUGAAUAUUGGUAUGUCCAUUGAUGCUGGAUCCCCUCAGGACCAUUCCCCCGACGUUUCCCAUGAUAGACGUCACCGUGCCGCCGACGGAGGGCAAGGUGGCGGAGGGCUUCAUCUUCCUCAGUACCAACAUCUACAUGCCGCCCUGGGCAGGGGUCUUCUAUCCUUAUAUGCUUAUACUCGACUCGGUUGGCGACAUUGUCUACUACAAGGUAUCUUUUCACCUAACGACGUCAACCCCCUCGCAUACGGGGUCGGCCCUCUGCGUGUUCCCUCGCAGCACCUACAGCCGAACUUGAACGGGCACAGUGCGGGCGACACUUCUGUCAUGAAGAGCGGUGAGGUUGCAGUUCGUCUGGAGGAUGGCAAAGAGCUGCUGACCUUCGACGAGCGCUACGUCCUGACGAAGCAGUAUGAGGCCGGCCACGGCUACACUGAGGUGAGCGAUCAAAAGAGAGAGAGGUCACGUCACGAUGGGUGCGAGGAAGAGGUCUCAGGGUGGGUGGGUGGGUGGGGUGGUUGCUCACUUCAUGUUCGUGUCCAUGUGUCAGCCGGGCAUGCUCGAUUUCCACGCAUUCCAAGUUGAUGAUCGAGGCCACUACCUGGUGCUGAUCGACGAUGUCCAGGAGGUGGACAUGCGGGACGUCUUGUGGAACGGCACCGAGAACAUGUUGAUGCGCGGCCACGUGGUGCAAGAGAUCGACCCAGAGGGUGAGCAAUCAACACGUGCUGCUGUUACAUGCACAUGGAUGGAUGAUGAUGCACUGAUGCAUUUGUGACCGUUUGAAGGCAAUGUCGUGUUCGAGUGGCGCAGCUGGGACGCCUUUCGGCUGGACGAGCUCGCGAGAUGGACACAGAAGGACAUCCCCACGGACCCGGGCCGGCCAUGGGACACGAUGCACGUAGGCCAAGAGACGGGGUGGGGGGCACGAGUAGACAUGGUGUCUUGAUCCCCUUGUAUGAAAUCUAUCUGUGUAGAUGAACAGUAUCGACUGGGCCCCCGACGGCCAUCUGGUCUUCUCUCUGCGGAAGCUCGAUGGAGUGAUCAAGGUGAGAGAGGCGCUGUUGCAGACGACCGCAUUCGAGAGAGUGUAUGCGUGUGUCUGACGUCAUUGUGUCCUCAGGUCAACCGAGACACCGGAGAUGUGAUGUGGCGGCUGUUCGGCCCGCCUGACACUGACUUCAACCAGUUCACGACUCCUUUCACCCCUCGAGUGUCCCACCAACACGACGUCCACUUCACGGCCGACGGGACCAUGACCCUCUUCAGCAAUGGCAACUACCUGGAGCCCGAGAUCAGCACCGCGAUGGAGUUCGCCAUUGACGAGGAGGCUCGCGUCGCCCGGCUGGUAUACAAGUACAGCGACCCAAGUAUUUUCUCGUUCGCCACCGGAGGGUGCCAGAAGCUCGAUAACGGCAACAUGGCCAUCGGAUGGGGCGGGCUGAAUCUGACGGGCAUCGCGCCAUUCUACACAGGUCCGCCAAGUCAGGCCACCAGUAAAUAUAUGAGACCAGCAGAGCAUCAUGCCACUCGUCCGACCCCUGUCUGUCUGCCUUGUUGCGUGCGUGCGUGGGUGCCAACACAGAGGUGACUCGCGACAAGGAGGUGGUGCUUCAGAUGAAGAUGCGCGGUGGCGGCUCGUCCUAUAGGGUGCGCAAAAGCCCGUGGGUGGGGGUCCCGCACUGGUCGCCUGUCAUCGUGCUCGACAUGCACCGCCACUUCAACGACGACCCGCACUCACUCCACUACAGGUGAGGUGGGUGUGGUGGGGCGAGAUAAGCAUCUUGGUAACCUCUUCUGGUGGGUGCCUGCCUUCUGUCUGAUGUGCCUGCCCUGUUUGUUUGUCGCAGCUGGAACGGCGCGACCGUCCACACGACGUGGCGCGUGUACGCUGGUAUGCACCCUGAGCGUCUCAAGCUGAUCAAGGAGCACACGAAGACGCGCUUCGAGCACGUCAAGCAGCUCCGACGGACCAAGUGGUACAGUCCCCACGAGAGGUGCGUCUACUUCCAAGUCGAGCCUGUCGACUACAACGGCAAGACAUUCCAGCGAUCUGCCGUCUUGGCCUCACCUGCCUGCGGGAAUGCCUAGUAACUAGCUCUUAUACUGUCAAUCAAUUUAUGACUGUCGUCUGUGAGCCCUCUUGUAUGCCCUCCUUUAUUUGUUUGUACGACUAUUUUCGUAUUAUCGUCGUCACCAUAACAUAUCAGUGUUACUAGUGUCCUACUUGCUAGUGUCUCCCUGGUGCAUUCUUCGUGGUAGUCAGUGUGCAUUUGCGUGUGGGCUUGCCGUGCUGGGCUGCGCUCUCUGGAU